UAGAGCAGUGUGUAAGGAACCUACUGUCAUGAUGUCUACAAAAUGGAUUUCAGCAAUUGUGCUGCUGCAGUUCUGCUACACUGGCUGUGGAUUCUGUGGGAAGGUCCUGGUGUGGCCCUGUGACAUGAGCCCUUGGCUCAAUAUAAGGAUUAUUCUGGAGAAACUCACAGAAAGGGGCCAUGAGGUGACUGUGUUGGUGUCUCCACAGAGUUUCAUCAUUGACUACAACAAGCCUUCCACACUGAAAUUUGAGGUGAUCCCCAUGCCACACGACAGAGAGGCUGCUGAAAAGUCGCUAGAUCAUUUUUUAGACAUAGCUACUAAUGUUAUGCCAACAUUGUCACACUGGCAGUCAGCAUUAAAGCUGGAAGAAUUCUUACUUCAAGAUGAUGGAAAUUUCAAACUGUGUGAGACUAUAGUCUACAACCAGUCAAUCAUGAAGAAACUCCGGGAAGCUAAUUACAAUGUAAUGGUCAUAGACCCUGCAUUACCCUGUGGAGAGCUGAUUGCUGAACUACUGGGGGUCCCUUUUGUGUAUACGGUAAGGUUCUCUAUUGGUGACACUGUGGAAAAAUACUGUGGGAAGCUUCCAGCUCCACUUUCCUAUGUUCCUGUUACCAUGGCGGCACUAACAGACAGAAUGACUUUUCUGCAAAGGGUAAAAAAUUUAAUGUACUCCAUUUUCUUUAAGUUCUGGACCCACCAACAUGACAAUCCUUUUUGGAACCAGUUUUACAGUGAAGUAUUAGGAAGACCCACUACAUUAUGUGAGAUUAUGGGGAAAGCAGAAAUUUGGUUAAUCCGAACAUAUUGGGAUUUUGAAUUUCCUCGCCCGUACUUACCUAAUUUUGAGUUUGUAGGAGGGUUGCACUGUAAACCUGCCAAACCAUUACCUAAGGGAAUGGAGGAAUUUGUCCAAAGUUCAGGUGAAGAUGGUGUUGUGGUGUUUUCUCUGGGGUCAAUGGUCAAAAAUCUCACAGAUGAAAAGGCCAAUCUCAUUGCCUCGGCUCUUGCCCAGAUUCCACAGAAGGUUUUAUGGAGAUACAAAGGAAACAAACCAGCCACGUUGGGAACCAAUACUCGGCUCUAUGACUGGAUACCCCAGAAUGAUCUUCUUGGUCAUCCCAAAACAAAAGCUUUUAUCACUCAUGGUGGAAGCAAUGGGAUCUAUGAAGCUAUUUAUCACGGGGUUCCUAUGGUGGGAGUGCCUUUGUUUGCUGAUCAGCCUGACAACAUCGCUCACAUGAAGGCCAAAGGAGCAGCUGUGGAGCUGAACAUCAACACAAUGACCAGUGCAGAUCUGCUCCAUGCCCUGAGAACAGUCAUUACUGAACCUUCUUAUAAAGAGAAUGCUACAAGAUUAUCGAGGAUUCACCAUGAUCAACCUGUAAAGCCCCUGGACCGAGCAGUCUUCUGGAUCGAGUUUGUCAUGCGCCACAAAGGAGCCAAGCACCUGCGGGCAGCCUCCCAUGACCUCACCUGGUUCCAGUACCACUCCUUGGAUGUGAUUGGGUUCCUGCUGGCCUGUGUGGCAACUGCCAUAUUCUUGGUCACAAAAUGUUGUUUGUUUUCUUGUCGAAAAUUUAAUAAAGCAGGAAAGAAGAAAAAGAGGGAGUAGAUCUUUCUAAGCUGGGAAGAGGCCUUAAUGGGCAAUCCCGUUCAUUCUAAUCACCGUGACCUUAAUGAAAACACAGUAUCUCCAUCUCAUUUUCAAAAUUCCCAUUCUUCUACUCUAGCCUAGAGGUAAAGCCUAAAAUUCAACAUGAUCAUUAACUAGUGAACAUGUCCCAGUAUUCCUUUGUCUUUUCCUUUACCCUUUCCUCUCAUUUUCCUGGCACAAGGACACUAAUAAUUUUAUGUAUCUUUUUAGUCAAAAUAUCGUUAUUUUUCAUUAUUCUUUUUCAUAAAGAUAAGUCCUUCUGCUUGCCCAAAUUUGCUGCGGUCAGAGCCUAAAUUGAUAAGUACUGCAACAGUGCAUCAUACUAGGGAAGGUCUGCAAAUUCCUAUUUCAUACAUAGAUAAUCAUGGCCUUUGUUCCUGCCUAUAAUCAACAAGUACUCAUGUGUACCUAUUUUUGAAACAAAGGUAUGGGGACUGCCCUCAAACAAAAGAGAUUAAUUGAGUAUUAUUUUUCCUCAGGGACAGAGAAUGUCAACAGUAUUAAAGGUGAAUAGAUCAUCUAUAGAGGAAAUUAUUAAGAAAUAUGGAAAAAAUAGUACUUUUAUGAGAUGUUUAAUUAACAGUACAAGUAAUAACAUUAACGUUAAAUGUCAAUUUAUUGUAUUGUAAAAUCACUAAUUCCCAUAGUCUGUAAUCAGUCUUUAUAAUCAAAGAUUUAGUUCCCUAGCAAAAACAAAUAUUUACCUGGAAUGUAAGACCAUCAUAUUAUUUUUCAGUCUGUAUAUCUUGCAAAUUUAAAUGUAUCAAUUAAAUAUCAUGCCAAGGAUGUAAGAUAUUAGCAGACCUGCUUGACUAAGAGUAUGUUUUAGCAAAUACUUAUGACACAAAACACUAAUUAAAAUUCAUAUUUGAAUCAGCUUUGCAUUAAUUUAACAAAUAAAGACUGUACUUUCUUUACUUAUACACUUAAUGACGUAUUCUAAUUAAAGUAAAACUUUAUUAUUGAAAUUAAAAAUUUCAAUAGUUGAUGUAUAAUUGUGAUAAAUUACAGCCCUUGACUUACUGAAAUUUUUGAAAUUCAUAUUCAUUUCAAUAUGACAUAUUGAAAAUUACUUUCAAUUUAAAAAUAAAUGCAUGAUAUGUGGUAUAUAGGAAUAUGUGUUUCUUUUGAAUAUGUACAUUCGUGAAAAUGCAAAUAAAUUCUUAAAUCUUUUU